UUUCUAUUUUUUUUUUUUUUUAUAUCAACUUUUUUUUUGCUUUUCUUCCCAUUUUUUUUUUUUAUUUCUCUAUUUCAAUAUGAAGUUCACUGCUAUUACUACACUUUUUGCUCUUGCUAUCUCCACCGUUUUCGCUCAAAAUGUCACUAACACUGGUGUUGCUAUCAAUAUCCCUGCUAGAGGUGAUGUAUUGAACGCUGGUACCACUGAAAAUGUUAAAUUCACUGUGACUGAUGCUUCCAUUACUACUAUUGAUGCUAUUGUCUUGAUGGGUGGUGAUCAAAGUAACUUGCAAACUUAUCUUCUUGUUGAUACUAAUGUUCCUGUGAAUGGUGGUCAAUAUACAUGGAAUAUCCCCAAGAACGUUCAAACCUUACCUUCUUAUGCCCUCGUCUUCAAAACCAAAUUGGGAUCCAGCUAUUCCCCUUACUUCACUAUUGUUGGUGUUGCUCCUGGUCAAGGUGGUCUUAACGCUACUUCCAUUGAUUUCAAUCAUCUUCCUACCAGCACUGGUGCAUCAGGUUCUGCUUCUUCCAACGGUGCUAGCUCUUCUGGCUCUGGAUCUGCUGCCAAAUCUUCCAACGCUGGUGAUCAUUUGAAGGUUGGUGCUUUUGGUUUCAUCACUAUGGCUGCUGUUGCCCUUGUUCUCUAAAAUACUUGAUAUCUAAAAAUGGCAUUAUCAUCUUAAUUAUACAUCCCCUAUUAUCGACAAAUCUUGAUGAUUUCCUUUCUCCUAUUUCAUUUACAAAUACAACAUCCCAAAAAAAAAUAAAAAAUAAAAAAUAAAAAAUAAACACUAGUAUUUAAUCAUUUCGCAUCUUUUAUCAUCUGUUUUUUUUUAUUUAUUAUUU